UUUGAUUUUACGUGUCAAGUUGUGAUAUGCCGGUGAAAUUUCUUGUAAAAUAGACCACAAUAAAAUGAAGGACUUUCUGCGCUUUUCUUCUCUAGCUUUCCUUCUAAUCACCCUCGUAGCCAGAAGCCAUGCCAGCAUUGGAGGUUACAUUAGUCAAUCAGAUAACAAAAAAUUUCUCCAGAUUCUAGGUAAAUCAUUGCAACUUGAAGGAGACGAUGUAUCAAGUCCUUACUAUGCCAUCAGAGGCUACAAACUGUUGAAUGAACCUCUAGAUGCUUCACAAGCUAAAAACAUCUGCCCCCACUUGAAAAAGAACUUGAAUGCAGCUAAUUGGGAAGCAAAAUUCAAUGCCUUCAGUUCUUGGUCCCUAUUGGGAUGCCAAGGAAUUCUGCAUGAACCAGUCCUGCUAAAGGAGAUUGAAUCGGUUAUAUCAGAGAAAUCGACGCUCUCGGACAUCAGAUAUGCCUUAGAGAUACUUUCUUUGCUGAAGCAACCUAUCCCAAACCCCAAGAAAGUGUCAGAACUUGUGCAAAACAAGCUCAGAGAAGAUGAUAGUGUCCAAAACAUUGGUCAAGCAUUCCACUCAGCUGCUCUCCUAGGAAAUGCAGGCAAAUUCAUACAGGACCGUAUAGAGGAUGUCAUAGUCCAAGCAGAUGAAAUUGAUGGUAAAAUAUUGCAGUGGGAAGGUGGGCUGACUGUCACCUCAUUGAUAAUCACUGGUUUAUCACGCUUGCCUGGGGCCACACCCUUCAACCCAACUCAAGCUGAAAAGCUGGGCAGCUAUCUGUUGACCAGAAAGACUGUGCAAACCCCAAGAGGAGUCCUAGCACUCCUGGAGGCUGCUGUGGCCCUAUCAGCCAGCAAUGUGUCUCCUGUAAGUAUUGUAGUUGUUGGUUCUGCCCAGGUACCUGUGGAUAAGCCUCAGUUACACAUUCAGAUAAGUAACAUUUUGGGAUCAGCCUUGAAACCUGUACCUGGGCCUGUAGUAGCAGAAUCUGUGACCAGAGUGGAAGAUGGUAGUGUUGUUUUGUCUAAACAGGCCCUAGCUGGGGGGGCUAGCCCCACUGAGUUCAUUUUGAAACUGAAUGUGGAGCCAGGGUUUUACAGGGUGGUUUUGAAUGCUGGCAGUCACAGUACAACUUUCAAUUCUCGAGUUUUGGGGCCAGUGACUGUUAAGUCAUUGGGUAUUGGCUUGAGUGAUGGUGAUGGCACUUCAGCCUUGAAGUUAACUCAACUGAGUCAUCCAAAUAAGUUGAGUUCUAAUCUUCAAGCUGAUUCUAGCCAGCUUUUGGUGGUGAAAUUUACCAUUUCUCAUAGAGUUCAUCAAGCUUUCCUGCGUUUGUACUCUGCUGAUAAAGAAAUAGUGUUUGUGGCAGAGCAGGACAACAAUAAAGAGUACAAAAUCGAGGUUAACCUAGCUAAGGAGCUGUCACAGUCGGGCAAUUUUGAAAUGGAGUUGAUUUUGGGUGAUGCCAUCAUGACUAACCCAAUUCGCUGGGUCUUGGGUGGUAUUGAAGUGAAUUUGGGUGGUGAAGCGGCUCAAACUGUCGGUGUUACUCGCGGGCCCAAACCUGAGAUCAAGCACUUAUUUAGGUCAGCUGAAAAGAGGCCUGCUCAAGCAGUUUCUCUAUUUUUCACUGCUCUAACUGCUUUCCCCUUGUUGAUCCUUUUGAUUUUGUGGGGUAGAAUCGGCAUCAAUUUUGGCAAUUUUACGCCGAUAGCGCUACCUUUCCAUAUCGGUUUGGGGGGUAUUUUGGGGCUGUUUACGCUUUUCUGGUUGAAAUUGAAUAUGUUCGUGACUUGUGCUUGGUUGAUACCCAUUGGUGGUUUCACGUUCUUCACUGGGCACAGGUUGCUGAGUCAUCUGGCUAGAUGUAGGAAGCAAGAAAAGGCUGAGAAAUAGUUUGUAUUGUAUUUUUGAGUGGUUUGUAUUCAGGGCAAACGUUUCUUGAGUUGUUAGAUGAGAAUGAAAAUUGUACAUUUUGAUGGUUUAAGAAAAUCACAGUUUUGUAAUUAAAAAUGUGUCCUGAUU